AUGUCUGCUACCACAAUUACCUCCCGGAGGGCUGUAACCACCACCACAUUGACCGGCCAGCCUCGGGUUUUCUCUGUUUCAAAAUCUUCGUCACAUACGGUUUCGAAGAAUGCGGUGCCUGAAAUUACUUUGGUAGAGGGACUCGGAGUCACUGGCGACUGCCACGCCGGAAAGACGGUGCAGCAUCAGGCACAACAGCAGAAGAACCCUGCGGGGCAUAAUCUUCGGCAGGUUCACCUUGUCCCGAUCGAGAGCCUGCGCGAGGUUUCUGCCAAGAGCAAACUUGCAAAGUCACUUUCGGCCGGGGAGAUCGGCGAGAAUAUCACUACGGAGGGAGUGGAGCUGGCAAGUCUGCCUCGAGGAACGGAAUUACAUUUCGUCAACGGGGCCUCUAAAGCCGUCGUCGUGCUGACCGGAGUGCGAGAACCCGGACCAGGGAUCAACAAAGUCCGGCCGGGACUACAGCAGCAUUUUUUGAUUCGCAAUGGGAAUCAGACCAAGAGGCUUGCUGGAGUGAUGGGCAUUGUGAAAAAUGGCGGGGUUGUCAAGCCAGGAAUGCGGAUCGAUCUGGUCAGACCGACGAGUACCGAAUCUUUGCCUGUGAUCUGA